AUGGCUCAAAGCAAUGGCGUAACGUCAGAACCGGCCAUCACAACGAUGAACGGUGCUCCCGUUCUAAAACCAGCAUCUACUCAAAGAAUUGGCAAUCAGCUCAGGGCCACUCUUCUGCUUCAAGAUAUCAAUCUCUUGGAAUUGAUCCAACAUAUCACCCAUGAGCGAAUUCCCGAGCGUGUCGUCCAUGCAAGAGGUACCAGCGCCCACGGAUACUUCGAGGUCACAGACGACAUCUCAGAUGUCACAUCCGCAGCUUUUCUAAACCGGGUUGGAAAGCAGACCGAUUUGUUCUGUCGCUUCUCUACCGUAGCUGGUCGAGCAGAAUCUGCAGAAACUGUCAGGGAUACUCGUGGUUUCGCUUUCAAGAUGUUCACUGAGGAAGGUAACUUAGAUUGGUUGUUCCUUAGCACUCCUGUCUUCCCAAUUCGGGAUGGAGCAAAAUUCCCUUCUUUCACUCAUGCAACCAAGAAGAAUCCACGAAGUGGUUUACCAGAUCAUAAGGCAUUCUGGGACUACUUCACUCACAACCAAGAGGGGAUUCACUUCCUUAUGUUCCUCUUCAGUGACCGUGCUACGCCGGUCGAUUUCCAGCACGCCGACAUCUUCAGUAUCAACACCUACAAGUUCACCAAAUCAGACGGUUCAUUCACAUAUGUGAAGAUACAUCUCAAGACCAACCAAGGAGUGAAAAACUUCACACAAGAUGAGGCCAAUCAGAAGGCCGGUGUCGACCCCGACUUCCAAACUCGUAGUCUUUAUGAAGACAUUGAAAAUCAAAAGUAUCCAACGUGGGAUGUCUUUGCUCAGAUCAUUGAUCCUGUCAAAGCCGAAAAUUAUCAUAUCAAUAUCUUCGACGCAACCAAAACAUUCCCAUUUUCGGAAUUUCCUCUUCGCAAGUUCGGUAAAAUUACACUCAACAGGAACGUGGAUAAUUUCUUCGCCGAACAAGAGCAAAGUGCUUUUAGUCCAACGAAUCUCGUUCCUGGUUGGGCUCUCACUCCAGAUCCUAUCAUUCAAACCCGUGCUCUUGCCUACGCAGACACUCAAAGAUAUCGCCUUGGAGCCAACUUUGUUCAACUCCCUGUCAACGCUCCAUACAAGAAGCCCUUUACUCCUCUCAUUAGAGACGGAGCAGCUACUAUCAACGGUAACUUCGGCGGUACUCAGAAUUACUUCCCAUCAUCUUUCUACAAUGUUGGAGUGGCGACACAAUAUGCACAACCUGAUGAGGAACAGUUCCAAGGAACAGUCGUCAACUUCGAGAGUCAAGUCGUCGAUGCAGAUUACGCGCAGCCAAGAAUAUUCUGGGAGAAGACAUUGGCUGAAGAGCCAGGUCAACAAGAUAACCUUAUCAGCAAUGUUGCGGGUCAUUUGAGCUCCGUUACUGGAGACAUGGGACUUGAAGUUCGGCAAGCGGUCUACGCAAUGUUCGGCAAAGUCAACUCAGAUCUUGGCAAGCGCAUUGAAACUUCAACAGAGGCUUUGAUAAAGCAAAACGAGACUGUAACAGUGACCAAAGAUCUGAACAAUAUCAAGAUCAGCAAGCAAAAUGGAGUGAAGAAUGGAAUAGUAAAUGGUAACAGCCAUAACAGUGGUAUGUUCGCUCAUAAGAAUUGGAACUAG